AUGGUGACGCGGACCUCGGACAAUGGCGCAGUUCCAGUGCCUCGAGACAACACACGCAAGCAAGUUGUCUCGAUUCUCGUCAUUCAAGGGCAUCCUCGCGACACCCAGGAGACUCGUACUACACAGUUAUGUGCCACCCGGCAGCUCUUCCAUUCGACAGACCUCGUCAGCCACACCUUCGAGCUGGCUGGUACGCGGCUGAAUUGGACCAUCAGGGAGUCAACGAACACGACACAUCCGAGCGAGGGUCCAAGUGUGGUCGGAUCUGUCGACAUCGCCACAAUAUCAUCAAACGCUCAGCAAGAGGAUGCGCUGCUGUCAAUACUGCGAGCUAUGAACGUGAAUCCUGAAUGGGAUCAGCGCAACUGGUUCGACGAUGUGUUAAGAAGAUUGGGAGAGACGUGGCCGACGGAGUUCGCCGACGACAUGAUAGCCCCAUUCCUCGACUACACUGUCAGACUACUCGUCGAUGCGCCAUUGGACUGGGUAGGCCGGCAACAAAAACAACUUUAG